AAAACUUUAAGACACCCCGAUCCUCCAAAAUUUGGGACGUUGUAUUAAUCAGGUGACAAUCAGGACUGCAGACAGGCAGGACUCUUCUACUACAGAGCCAUGCUGUUGUAAUCCCUGCAGAUGUGGUUUGGCUGGAAUAUGAUUGUCUUUCCUGAAAACGUCAUUGUCUGGAUGACAGUAUAUGUUGCUCUUAAACCUGCAGAUGUUCUUCAGUGUUAAUGGAGCCUUUCGCAGGUGUGGAAGCUGCCCAUGAUAUGGACUCUGAUGAUCUCCAUACCAACACAGAUGCUGGAUUUGGACCGUGAGCUGAUAACACACUGGGAGGACCCUCUACUCUUUAAAGCAGGUAUGUGGUGACCAUGAUUUUCAAAAAGAAUGUCUAAUGAGAACUUACAGCCAAUUCUGGAUCAUAUUUAAAGGGAUAUUCCGGCGUAAAAUUAAUUUUGGGUCAUAACACCGAGUUAGACACCCCCUCGAGAGAUGAAUGUUGCCGACCGCUUACUUCUCUAGUUAUACCAACUUUAGUAACAACCACAUGAUAGCAAUACACAGUGGUCUGAGGAGCCAUAAACAAACCUCAACCAAAACGCCACUCUAUAGCCACAAAUAAUGCUCAGAACAGCACCUAACUUCAUCAACAGUACAUAUAGGGUCCCAGCCAUAGCGCUAGCCACCAAACAUCUUUUUAGCUUUGCCUAAUUUCUUUAGGAAAGAGACUAAACACAACUCACCUACUCUCUUCCAACAGCUGCUUGUUUGUAGCGAGACCUCAGGCCAGUCCAUUAUGGACUACAGUGGGGUGACGCAGCUCAAGGAACAACAUUUACGAUCAUUACUUUAUCAUUUCCUUGAAGUAAUAAUCACCAUAUUAAUCAUUUUGCACUGCAGACGUGGUAGUUCUUCUGCCCUAGUGUCUCUGUCUGAUUGCAUUUCUAUGUAGAAAUGCUGCUAAAGAAAUCAGGCAAAUUUAAAAAGAUGUUUGGUGGAUAGUACUAUGGCUGGGACCCUAUAUGUACUGUUGAUGAAGUUAGGUGCUGUUCUGCGCAUAUCUGGAAUAUCCCUUAAGUUUUAACCUUCAUUUGUGGAUGCACUGACAGUCUGUAAUCACAAACUGUCAGUGCAGUGCUAUCUAAGGACCUGAAGAUCAGGACUAUCCAGUCUUGGUGUUGGUCCUUGUCCCUUUUGUGCUGCGAUUUCUCCAGAUUCUGGGCAUACACAAUAGUGAACACAUGCUGAGGUGACACACUCUAUAAUCUAGGUGAGGCAUUUUCUCUAUAAUUUAACACUCCAUUUCUUACUUCAUAAUGCUUGUCAAAACUUGUGUUGUCAUUCGAAACAGUCCCCUUCACAGGUAACUCAAACUAGAAAACAACUGACAUGUUAGACCAAAAGUUAAAGCACAGACAAUCAAUACUUUCAUUUUCAUUUUUAUAAACUAUUGCAAUAAAACUGGUAAAAUAUUUAAAAUAUUGACAGAGUUGUUAUUGUUAUAGAAACCAGUCACCAAUGUUGAAUCAACCUUCAUAUUUGAAAAUUCCAAUAUUAAAUGGAUUUUAAUGUCCUGGACUCAAAUAGGAGCACUAAGGUGUGGAGAGCACUCUAAACCAACUGAUCCUGUAUGCAAGCGACAAGGAUAAAGUAAUUCACUGGAGUCAAAGAGCUGGGGGUGAACUUGAACUCGAUCUGAGGGUUAAACUGAAACUUUUUAGGCUCUAUAGAAACAUUUUAACUAAAGAUGAAUUCUGAUUGGUUGCUCCAUCCACCUCCUCCUCUCUGUUUCCCCCCCAUUGGCUAGUUAACCGUUGACCUGAGUUUACUUCACAAUGAGCUGCAGGUCGAUGCCACUUUGACUGGAAACCUCAGAGCAGGUAGGAGACUGUCAGCAUCUUUUCUAGUAAAUUUUUUCACUGAAAUGUCCAACUUUGACUGAAGACAUACAAGAGGUAUUUGUACUCUAUUUUAACUUUAAUUUUAAGUAACUGCUUAAAGACUUCAUCACAGCUGUGAAUAUUACACGGUUAUUCUAAUAAUGUAUCUGGCAGCUUUGAGUGCAAAUGUGUUAUUCUAUUGACUCCUGACAAUAAACAAAAUUAGCACAUUUUUCAAAGACUUUUUAAAUCUUUAAAUAAAUGUGUGCACAAACCAAGAGAAGCUUAAAUAAAAUAAGACUGCUUUGAAAUAUAUGCUUGAAACAAACUAGACUAUUACCUGAUAACCCGAUUGAAGUGAACUCCAGUAUUUACUCACCAUAUUUUCACAUAUUUGGGGUUUUAGUAAAAGAUUAAAAGUCAACAAAAGUUUAAGAAAAGCUUCCUGCAGUUGCAAAGGUUGAAAGUUGAUCUUUCGGAGCAGCCGCAGGUAUCUGAAGUGUGUCCAAAAAAUUCUUGUUUUGGCAAAUGACAUGUUUGACUACAUUCUUUGUUUUAACGAUCUGGUUUGGGGAGAUGUCCAUUUCAAGGCUUUAGUAUCUGAGAGCUAUUUAUCUUUUUUUAUAUUUAGCUUUAAAAUAAUAAAAACAUAAAGUAGUAAAAUGAUUGAAAGACAUUAGGAGUGCUUGUUCUGCAGUUUCAUGCUAUGACAGAGAGUUUUAUGCAAUAAAAGAGUGUGUAACUUCUCUGGGGCUGUUUCUAAUGUGAGUUAAGGCUGAAACUUAAAGGUGCAAUCAGUGUGUUUUGUUGUUGUUGUUAAAAAAAAUCUAUUUGUUGUGUUAGUCCAACAAGACAUUCUUUAAACGCCUUGUUUUGUCCUGCUUUAGCGUGCUGUAAAAUGGUCAUUUUUUGUGUUAAAACACGCUCAAAAACAACAUUGUUUUCACAUUUGGAGGCUAAAGGAAGUUUUUUUCAGUUUUGCUUAAAAUUAAGAAUAUUUAAAAUUUCUACUAGUUACAUUUUACCAGAAGUUCCAACAUUUUCAGAUCGCGAUUUUAGGUAUUAAUGUCUUGAGGUUCUCUGUUCUGUGAGAGACUGUGUGAGCUGGUAUUAUUGAUAACUUUUGAACAUAUACGAAAAGUAUUUUAUAAACCAGUUUGUGAGUAUUAUAUUACCUUCUAACUAGUUUUUCCUCCUGAUGUCAAACAUGUUUAGUGUGUACACUCUAUUAAAAACUAAUAAAACUAUUUUAAAGGUUUUAUUUAGAAAGUUUCAGAUUAUUAUAUUUGGAGAUUAUUUUUGCAUCUUUUAUUUAAUCUAGUAAAGGUUUGAUUUAUCUUAUUUCAAUGUUCUGAUGUAGAUAUAUCUAAUGAUUGUCAAUCUUAAUAUUUCUCUCUCUCUUUUUUUUAAGUCAAUAUGGAGUCGAUCCCUGAUCUGAUCAGAAAGAAAAGAGACGGAGAAACGCUGAGUGAUGAAGAAAUCAAAACUUUCAUCAAGGCCGUAUCGGACGAUUCAAUACAGGAUUGUCAAAUCGGUAUGAAAAAAGAAACAGAAAAACUAUUAAAAAAAAAAAGUUCACAUCAUCACCUGCGUGUUCCUCCCAGGUGCGAUGCUGAUGGCGAUCUGGAUCAGAGGGAUGGUCAACACAGAGACCACCACCCUGACUCAAGAAAUGAUGACAUCAGGGGAGGUCAUGUCAUGGCCGAAGGAGUGGGCAGGGAUGGUUGUUGAUAAACACUCCACAGGAGGAGUGGGAGAUAAAGUCAGUCUGGUGUUAGCGCCGGCGCUAGCUGCCUGUGGCUGUAAGGUACACAAAUACACACACAAUCAUUAGUGCACUAUGAUUUAAAACCUUGAGUUCAACAUUUUGGUUGUCUUCAACCUGUUUUUGCAUGUUUUGAGUCAGAUAACCAUAUCUGGAGGAAAUGGAAGCUUGAUUAACAACUGCUAGCUUAUUAUCUAGCAGUAGUGCAACCUUAGCAACAAAAUUAGAUGUGAGAUUGAUUCAGAUGUUAUUUUGGUUAUUUAAACAAGGCAAAAACAAAAUGUCUUUACUAAACAAGACAUUUUCAGGCAGAUGUAGAGUGAACGUUUGAAUCACAGGAAGCCCCGCCCUCAACCCUUCCCCCCACUACAUGGUGUAUCUGUCUCUGGAUUGGGGCCAGAACUUAGCAGACAUUGUGCUGUGUUAAUGAAGACUUAUAGACUAAUGACUAAUACCAUAUAUGUAUUAGGAUGACAUUAACAAAAAGUAUGCUCAUUUUCUCACAUACUUCUAUGCAGUCAGACUUAUAUAUGGCCCCCUGCUGGUUUGUAGAAAUAAUACACGUUUAAGCCUUUCUGCAUGGACUUCAUUUAAACCAUGAGGCUGCAUUUAUUUCUUAUACAGUCAACAGUAUAUGGUCUCUAAGUGUAUAAUGUCAUAACUCCAGGUGUGUUUCUGGACAGGUGCCUAUGAUAAGUGGGCGGGGUUUAGCAUUUACAGGAGGAACUUUGGACAAACUGGAAUCAAUUCCAGGUUACAGCGUCAACCAAUCAGGAGCUCAGGUAACCAAAUAGAACUGAGAUGUUUUUUUCUUGUUUAAAAAUGUCAAACCUCUUUCAGAUUUAAUAAACGAGACAGUUUAACUUGUAUUUUAUUAAUUAAUUAUAGUUUUAAUGUGCAGAUUCGGGAGAUCCUGGAAUCGGUAGGCUGUUGCAUCGUGGGCCAAACAAAGAAGUUGGUUCCUGCAGAUCGAGUCCUGUAUGCCCUGAGGGAUGCCACUAGCACAGUGGACAGUCUACCUCUGAUUACUGGUAUUGAACCAUUAUUUUCUGAGAUAGAAUAAUCAUUGUGGUACUACAGUCAACUUUAACAUGUUCCUGUUGGUGUUUCAGGCUCUAUCAUCUCAAAGAAAGGUGCAGAGUCUCUGAACGCUCUGGUUCUGGAUGUGAAGUUUGGACGAGCUGCUUUGUACAAAAACCAGAAGAGCGCAAAAGAGCUGGCGCAGUCACUAGUAAGAGAUAGAAAUUGAUGUUAUAUUAGAAUUUCGCUGAUUUAAGGGUCCUGUAAGAAGGUUAGGUUAAAUAGAAUUACAUGGAAUCAAAUUUUAUGUUUUUUUAUGACUUGCAAAAGGAAACAAGAUCAUUGGCAACAAGAUUAUUGAUAUUUUAAUGUUUUAUAUUUUUAUAAUAAUUUGUUGUGUUUCAAUUGAUUUUAUUACCUAAGGUUUAUUCAUGCACAUUCAUAAAAAUUACAUUUUUGAACACAAAAUCAUUUUUUAUUUUUCUUUUCAGAGUUUCUUAUUUUACAUAAAAUUUUUGAUAUUUUUUAUCUUUUCAUUUUUGUCGUUUUUGAUUCAGUAAUUUAUAACAUUUUUUUAUUUAUAAAGAGAGAAUCAAAAAUGCUCACAAAAUUUAGCUUUCCAACGACAAAAUUUUUGUAUUUUUUUGUAUAGAUUUAGUUUAGAGAUAGUUAUAUAUAAAAAUAGAUAUGGAAGAGAAAUAAAUGAACAGAACUGUAAAAUUGAUUUAAAGUGUUCAGCUGUUUAUUGUCUGAUUUAUGAUGUUGAUGAUGGUUGUGUGUCAUUCCAGGUGAAUGCAGGUAACAGUCUGGGUAUGCGUACGGCGGCGGUGCUUAGCUUGAUGCACACUGUGAUUGGUCGAUGUGUAGGAAAUAGUCUGGAGGUCAUCGAGUCUCUGGAGACGCUGAAGGGAAGAGGACCUGAUGACCUGAUGGAGCUUGUAACGACUUUGGGUAACGAUGUGACACAUCAGCAGAUUUAGACUUAACAAAAAACAAACUAAUAAAUUACUGAAAGUUAACAAAAUAAAUAGAGUUGAUUAAAUAAAUAAAUCACGUAUGAGUUUUAUUGUUGUCUUGUAGGCGGUGUUUUACUGGUGAUGAUUGGCUUAGUAUCAGACCAAUCAGAAGGCCAAAAGAAGAUUUCAGACGCUGUGAUUGGUGGAGCUGCUCUUUCAAAGUUUCAGGCUAUGAUGGAGAAACAGGGCGUGGCCAAAGAGAAGGCUCUCUCACUUUGCUCCACCCAGACGGAUUACUUCAGUGUCCUAAAGAAAGCCAAACAUCAGGUGGAACUAAAGACUUCCACUAAGGGUAAAACUUUUAUUUAACGUACACUUUUUAAAUAACUUUUUAAUUGAGUUUAUAGAGAACGCAAGUCAAAACUUUAGAAUGACAUUUAUUUUCCUUUUUUAAGUAAAAACUGUUUAACCUUUGUUUUACUUUUUACCUUUUACACACAUAAUCUGUUUUUUAUUUGUUUACAUUUACAGUGACAGUCUCAUAAUUCAAGUUUUUCAUUACUUAAGUUCACAAAUAUUUUGUAAAAAAAAAAGGCCUCACUUUCAUAACUUAAAGCUCCAGUGAGGAACUCUCAAGUAGUGUCAAUUUUGGCGCCCCCUGUGGACAAAGUAUUUCUGCUUAAUUUUUCCUGUACAUGUAAAUUGAAUCUUUUUUCCCACUAAAUCAAACCCUCUUCUAACACCUAAAUGUAUUAUUAAAUUGGUUUUUCAUCAAAGAAAAUGUUGUGUUAGCAGUCUGCAGUUACUCACUUAGACUGACACCUAUCCCCUGCCGAUGUUUUGAGAUCUUACAAAUUAUAUUUUAAUUAUUUUUUGCAUUUUUUGAUGGUUUUGAUUGAGGUCAGUGUAAUUCUUAGUCUCUUAAAUGACCAGAUAAAAUGUGCUUACAGGAGCUUCAAGUAUUUUUGUGAUGUAACAUGGCUCUGUAUCCUACAACGAAAUAUUCCAAACUUUAAAUGCUUCCCUUUCUUUACUCCUGACACUGACUCAACACCAAAAACUGUGCAUAUAUUUACGUAUGUGGUAUUUUUAGAGACACAUUCUCUGACCAGGUUAUCUAGUAUCUUUGAAAAACUGUGAAGGACCUUAAAAAUCUGAAAAAUUUCCUCCUGCAGGUGUCAUUGCAGACGUGGACGGUUUGGUGCUUGCGAAAAUUCUCCAAAAAUUGGGGGCGGGUCGAUCGAAGGCUGGAGAGCCUAUCAAUCACAGUGUGGGGGCGGAGCUUCUGGUCUCACUUGGUCAGAAGGUUGAGAAAGGUGAGAAGUGGUAAAAAUGUUAAGGAUAGAGAUAAUGACGAGUCAGGGACAGUCAUUAACUUUAAGUUUUGUAUUUCUAGGCGUGUCUUGGCUGAGGCUGCACUACGACGAUCUGGCUCCGACUUCAGACCAGAUGAAUCAACUGCAGAACAUUCUGACUGUGGGGAAACAUGAAGAUGCAAAAAUAAAAGAAAAAGAGACUCUAGUGAAAGAAAUACUGCUACCACAUUGACAUGAGUUUAAUACUUUAAUUUAUCAAAUGAUUAAAAAACAACAACAACAACAUCUGAUGUAUUUCCAAAACCUCCUGCACUAAUCAGUCAAAAUACUUCUCAGUUGUUGGGAGUAGGAGUUUAUUUUAUUUACCAAUUCCUCAUUCCAAAUCACAUUUUAAUAUAGGCUAACAUUUUUUAAAGCUGCUAUAACUGAGUUGAAUAAACACUUUGUAACAUGUGGUUUUGUUGUACAUGUAAAUCCAAUGAGACAAAGAUACAGAAAGGGAAAUUAUGGAGGUGAUACAGCGCGACAGAAACCGUUUACUGCAUCUGAAUAAAAGAAACCUAAACACUGUGGCCUCAUGCACUACAACAGAAGAAUGAAUGGAUUUGAUUGGUUCCUGACUUCGUAGGAGACCCUGAAAACAGCAUUUUUUUCACAAGCUUGUGACUAAUUCCAGACGAAAUAAACUUUAUUGAUCGCACAUCAUGGUGGAAGUUUGCAUAAGAACUGAGAUGUUGUGUAACAGAGCCGAUCACUUUCACAUCCCAACCCCCCAAAACAAUAUAAGGCUUACAUCUGCCCACCAGAAACAAGAUUUACCCCUUUAACACCAAAUCACAAUCCUUCUACAACCUCCUGUCUCUAUACAAGAUAACCAAAUAAGCCUUCCCAAAACACAAACUUUCUAUCCUUUCUACUUCAAAGAGACAAAGACAAGUGGUCCUGCAGCAGCAUCACACCUUGACUGAGUUCAUUCACGUUGUUUGAUUUGUCUUUAACACCGUCUUAGUUCAAUUUGUGAAACUUUAACUUUUUACACAGAGAAUGUUUAACUAUGCAUUAAUAAACCUGUAUAUUGGUAUGAGUACAUUUUUGCUGGACAUUAUUAAUCACCUGAUGUAUUGUGUGCAGUGUGUAAGUUUAUCAUUUAGUUAUAUGAUUGAAUGUAUUUAUGUGUUUGAUUUUUUAAUUUGCUUGUUUGGUUAUUUUAUAUUUUUGUUGCCUGUAUUUUUUUCUUUUUACCAGCUGUUGCAGUUGCAGGAAUAUUUGCUUUAACGAAGACCAAAACUUUCCUUUUGAAUUGCCUAAAGGUUGCUUGAAAGUUUUAAAACAUUUAUUCUUGAAUGCUUUGGGAAAGUUUUAUACCUGUGGCUCUGAAGCGAGAUGGAGUGAUGCAAAAAACCUGAAAUUUUAAGGCUUUGUGGUCGAACUAAAAAACAUUAAGCUGAGUGAGAAGCAUGACAGUAUCACCAGCAGGGAGCGCCAGAGGAGACUAUGAGAAUUAGGUGAUGAGAUUUUUCUGUUAUUAUUGUAUAAUUUUAGAUUUCAGAAGGAUUGUGAUCAUUUAUUUCAGUGUUUUUAAACAGCCUCAUACCUCAA